AUGAAAAUAACAACUAAAGAUUUAUGUAAAUUUUUUUGCAGAAAAUGUAAUAAUUUUAUAUUUUAUAAUGAAGCAUGUGAUUUAAUAUUUGAAAAAAUUUAUCCUCAAUACUCCAAAAUAUAUUACAAUAAAAAUGUAUUAGACAAGAAAAAAGAUAUUAAUGAAGAUAACAUAAAAAUAUAUGAUAAUUUAUAUAGACAAAUAUAUAAUAAUGGAUUAUGCGGAGUUAAUAAGCAAAGAAAUGAUUUUUUAAACAAAGAUAAUAUAUAUAAUAUUCUAAAUUUUCUUAACAAAGGAAAUAUUGAAUGCAAAAAGUGUAAUAAAAUUAAUAUGUGGUAUAUUAAAUAA